ACCUAGUUUAAAACAGAUUUAUGAAAGCAAACUCCAAUACAAAUACACACCUUUUGCUAAAUUUAUGCUGUUUGCAUUAACACAGACAAAAUGAAAAAGAGAAAAACGUCCAUAAGGACACACAAGGGUUAAACAGGUGUGUUAGAGCAGCUCACGGUGUUAGCAUGUAGCAUGCCGUGGGAGUGUUUUAAAGCGUGUAGCCGACAUUCAUCGUUUGUUUUCUUGUAAAAUGUUGAUUAGUUGUUAGUAAUUUGUUAAAGCCUCGUGUGAGAAACUGCAAGGAACGCUAGUCUCACCUGAGAGCAACUUCCUGUCAUUACACUUUAUACUAUAUAGUACCAAGUGUUUGUUUGUGUGUGUCAGUUGUGUAACGAGUACUUGGCGGUUUUUUUCCACCUCACACAUCCCUAACCCACUUCACAGUGGUACAGUUUCUUUUCUGGAAAAGAAAUAUGAUUAAAAAUGAUUUCCCCACUGCUUUUUCUCACUGGUGGAAAGAAGUUACGAGUUCUUUUUACUCCGAGGUAAAUAACAUUGGCAUUUCGUCUUCAGUCGGCUUCACGUCUGUGUUAUUUCUGGUCAUUUCCUACUUAAUACUCAUAUGCAGCAGGUCAAAGUUCAGAGAUGCUGCAGCUUGUGUGUUGUACUCUCUGAUUGGAGAUCUGUGUCAGCUUGCUGGAGCUUUUCUCUCUAAUCAGACCUUCUUUCAGCGUGUUAUGGCUUCAAUAAUGGCGAGCUUGGAUGUUGUGCAUUUCAUUUCAGUCACUUUGCCGCUUUGUUGGUGGUACCAUACCACCACUGGAAGGAGAGUGAGAAUGUUGAGCAGAAGAAGGAGGCAGAACGUCCUGAUGGUCUGUCUACUGUUUGGAACGGGAGGAUGUGUUUACGCUGAUAUACAUGUACACUACACACAAGCAGUCUUCCACGGCCAUCCAACCAGCAGGAAGCCGCUGUACGUCGUUGUACAUGAUCAGACUGAACUGCUUGGUUAUGUGCUUGGUCUUCUGUAUUUCGCCAUUAGCUGGACUUCCAGGAUUCCUUUCUUUCUGAAAGCUACCAGAGGAGAGAUGAGUAAUUUGACGCAUGUUUCCUCAAGGAGUUUUAGCGCUUUGGCUGGAGCGCUUUAUGCCUCUGCCAUACUGCUCUAUGAUCCCCGGCUGGAGUCUGUUGUCAAAGCUCUGCCGUGGAUUCUCUCAGGAGCGUGCUGUGCAAUUCUGGAUUUCUUUAUUUUGCUCCUCUCAUGUUAUAGAAUCUGCUAUAAGUGCCAGUCCGCUGGGACGCUGGAUUCGGAUACAGAGUCCCUAUUGGGCAGAUUCCACAGCGUGACGUCUGGUCUGUAUCACAGCCCCAAAGACAAAAAUGCCAGAAAGCAUAUCUCGUCCUGGAAGAGCAGCUCAAAAAUGCCCGAGAUGGAGCCUUAUAGAAACACUAAAGUUCAGCCUAUUCGAACGGUGUGUCUGAAGGAGGUUACUCUCACUCGGGAGGACUCCACAGACAGCCAACCUCUGAAGGGAUCUGUGAAGGUGGUCAGGGUCGAUGAGCGUUAUUCUUCAGGCAGUGCUACAGAUUCAUCUUGCCUUAGCUCUGAGCUAGAGUGGGACUUUGAGGAGACCCCACCACAAUGGAGUUCACAGAAUGGAGACGGGCAAAAGACAGACGCGUUCCCUCUGCAGGAGUGGACGGUAGACCAGAGGUCGAAGUCUAACAUGAGAUCUUGCUCUAGUGCUUGUUUCUGUAACAGUGCUGAUCUGGAAGAGAGGAUGGUUUCAGGAUGCCCUGACACUAACUUUCAGAACCUUUCAGCUUCUGUGCAAUGAUCAUGGAUUCACAGUACCGAUUCAACAUUGUGAUGUUUCAGUACAUUCAUAUUUAAUGAGAUAAACUAUAAUAAAGGAGAGCAAUAUUCUG